GGCACAGGAAGACGUUGCUCUGUAGAAGUCGAGGGCAAAAAAACACUUUAGUGAAACUAAGUGAUUAUCGUUCCUAAAACCAGCAGUUCCUGGAUCUUCAUGAUGAGACUCUUUCACCUUCUUUGGCUUUUUAUCCUGUGGCUGAAAAUGGAAAAGUCUUUACAGAUGGCCGCAAUAAAAUGCAAAGUACCUGUCAUUGAAAAUGGUAAUGUGCCUGGAGACACCCAGGAGUACAAUGAACAUGAAGUCCUGCAUUUUGCAUGCAAUCCUAACUACAUGCCCACUGAUCGAAGACCUACAACAUGCACAAUACAAAGAGGUAGAGCCGAAUGGAUCCCCACACCAUACUGUGAAACCACAAAAUGUAGACUGACACUGCCGCCACUCGAAGGAACCAGCUAUGAACCUGCUUACAGAAAUGUGUUUUCACCUGGUGACACAGUAAAAGUCAUUUGUGGAGAGAGGUACUGGAUUUCUAACCCUCAGAACACCUCAGCAAUAGUCACAUGUAAUGACGAUGGAGACUGGACUGUCAGACCGCUAUGCAGAGAGGUUACAUGCAGCAAUCGACGAGACCCUCUUGUGGAUAAUUGGUAUGUUAAACGAAUAACACUGAAUGGUACUGCAAGAUAUACUUGUAGGUCAGGCUACAGGAGUACGGAUGGCACCAACCUGGCCACAUGCACCAGAGAUGGGUGGAGACCAAAUCCACCUUGUCAAGAGGCAAAAUGCCAAAUCGCAGGUGUGCCAGACAAUGUACGCAUCAUCACAGAUGACCCGAACAAUCAAGUAAGGAGAGGACAAAAGUUACGUUUCACUUGCCGCCAUCGUGGACACUUUCUUCGAGGAAAAGCUGUGGUUGAAUGUUUGGCAGAUGAACAGUGGAGCGCUCCCUUCCCAACAUGCGGAGAUCCUUUAGGUUGUAAUAAUCCACCACCCCUUACAGACGGCGUCAUCAAGGAAAGUCUCCAAUUCCAUUACAGUCAUAAUGAAAGGGUUGAAUACAUCUGUCGGAAUCCAUACCAAAUGGAGGGUGAGCCUUACCUAACCUGUGUGAAUGGAGAAUGGUCUGGAAAGAUGAGAUGCCACAAUACUGCCUACUGCAAUUCACCACCAAGAGUUGAGAACGCAUUUGUUGUCAGUACAUAUAAGAAUAAAUACUUGUCUUACUCUGAAGUGACUUAUCAGUGCCAUGAUGACUACACAAUGGUUGGAGAAAACACACUUCGAUGUAGAGAGGGGGAAUGGGAGAAGAAGAACCUUAAUUGCAAAACUAUUGCCAAACACUGUCAUCACCCCCCUAGAAUUGAGAAUGCAUUUGUUGCGACUGCAUUCCAGGAAAAAUACUUGUCUGACUCUGAAGUAACUUAUCAGUGCCAUGAUGACUACACAAUGGUUGGAGAAAACACACUUCGAUGCAAAGAGGGGGGAUGGGAGAGGAAGACUAUUAUUUGCACACGUAUGUACAUCAAAAACACAUCUCAACCAUUUUUUAGGCAACAAUUUACACGUGAAUUAAAUUCAUCAUCCUAGAAUAUUUUUUGUAUGUCAAGGGGUUCAGGAAUGAAUAAAUCAGCAUCUGGAGAUCACCAGCAUAUAAAUUACAUGUAACAUUUUUAGUAAUUGCCACUUACUGCUCUUGAAGUGAUAAAUGGUUUAAUCACCCAAAUUUCACGAUUUAUUGUCAUCUCUGCCUUUAAGUGUCAUUUACUUUUGUUCAUUUUAAAAACCUGCAUUGAAUUACAGAUCCACAUUUCUAAUGCCCACGUUUAGUGCUCAUACUCAUUGAAAUUGCUAUUUAUUAGAAGAGCUGAUUUCUGAGUUUCACUCCCAACUCGUCGAAACUUGACGCUUUGGGAUGUAGGAUGGGUCGGCUGCCACUGCAAGGCAUCAGUUUUGACAAGUUGGAAAUGAGACUAGAAAAUCAACUUUUAAUAAAAACACUUUUAAACUGUUAUUCCACUGUGUGGACAGUCAUUAUAGAAUAUAUUCAUCAAAGUUUUUGAAUAAGUAUUUCUAUAGUAGGCAAGUAUAAGACAUCUCUGAAUAGGGAAAGAACUUCAUAAUUCAGACCAACUAAAAAGCAACUAGUUGUUUGACCUAUAAUAGUAUCAUAUAUGUAACACUAAAUCUUGUGUAUUUACAUUUUUAGGCUUGUUCUUGGUCAGUCUUGCCACUGACAGA